CGCAGGGCGCGGGGGGCGGUGCCAGCGUGGCGGUGUCAUGGCAGCCGGCGGGCUUGGGUAGCGGUGUGCUGUUAGCACCGGGCUGCGGGUGUGCUUCUGAGGGGGUCCGUGGGAGGGAGUGCUAUGGAAGGAAGUCCUUGGGAGGCCUCUCUGCUGAGGCAGGUUUAACCGGCGGAGUCCGAGGGCUGAAGUUUCCUGCGGGCGCCUCCUGGGAAGGGGCAGUGGUGCCGGGCCCAGGGCAGGGCCUGCGCUGCGCUGCUGAGGCCUCAUCUCUGUAUAAGGAGGACAUAAAGCUAUGGGAGAGCGUCUGAAGGAGGGCUGCGGAGAAGGGAAAAGGAAUAGGGGAAGGGGGCGUGAGGGGCGGCUUGGGGCCCUUGGUUUGUUUGGCGGAGGGGGCAGCGUUCAUCUCUGGUGACAGCGACAAGGGAAUGGCAUGGAGCUGUGUCGGGGGGGGUCAGGCUGUGCUCUGUCCCAGGGGGCGGUGGACACUGCUCCCUGAGCUCUCGGAGCUCAGGGAGCACUGGGACACUGCUCUCAGCCAUAGGGCUUGGGUGGUGCUGUGUGGGGCCGGGGUUUGGAUUCGGAUCCCUAUGGGUCCCGUCCAGCUUGGGAUGUUCUGUGGUUCUUUAAGCCGGGACAGGUCCCGUGCUGCUGGCAUCAGGUGCUGCAGGCUGUCCGCUGCUGUUUUGCCACUAGGUGGGCCCUGAGUCCUUGUUGUUCUGCAGGAGGCAGUAGCAGAAGCUAAGCUCUGGCUUUCAAGAGGGACAGGGAGAAGAAUGAGGACUAAAUGAGAUAAGGGAUCCUCCUGGUGCCCAGCAGAGGCAGUUCCACAGUGGGUUAAGUGAACCCUGCAAAGUGAAGGCAAGGAAACUUUGGGCAGUGCCAUGCAGUGGGUGUAUCAGCUUGCUGGGGUGCAGGGUGUUGGCUGGUACACAGCUGUGUUAGGCCAUAAUACCUCGGUAGGAUGGGAAUACGGUUAGUGCAACUGUUGACUGCUCCAGCAAAACCACAACAGCUGCGCUUCCUUGUACCUUGUUUUCCCCUCCUGCAGGGAGGUGCUGACAGCCUGCUUCUCUACACUGCCAUGAUUCCUGUGACUAUUGUUCAUCCCCAGGAAUGGCAAACCAGAGCAUGUUUCGGACUCAGUGUGGAGUCUGAGGUUGGGGUCUAGUCCCUGCCUGCAUCAGCACAAUGCACUCAGCCCCAGAGGCCCCGCAGCAGCAGGAUGAGGGCUGAACUGAGCAGUGCGCACCAAAUGAAGCUGGAAUCCUCCAGAGGGAGGAGUGUAACGGUGUGGGCCGCAGACGGGACUGGGUGUGUUCUCCUGGCUGCCUGGCGUUCCUUCCCAGCUGGGGCACUGGGGAAAGAGGUGACAAGGGACAAAAGCACUUUUCCUUUGGAGAAGAUGAGUGCGGUGCCAGGCAGCCGGUCCCCGCCCCCCAGCCCGCUCAGUGGCAUGCAAAGCACUCGCCUGCCUCGUAAUGUGCCGGGAUGACUUGAAGAAGAGGCAACAGAAGGAGAAGUCCAAGAAGCCGGUGCCACCAGUAGCCCCUCGGCCACCCAGGGCUCUAUUCUGCUUAACCCUACAGAACCCGCUGCGGAAGGCAUGCAUCAGCAUCGUGGAAUGGAAACCUUUCGAGAUCAUCAUCCUUCUGACCAUCUUUGCCAACUGCAUCGCCCUGGCCAUCUACCUGCCCAUGCCAGAGGACGACACCAACGUGGCCAAUUCCAGCCUGGAGAAGUUUGAAUAUGCCUUCCUGAUCUUCUUUGCCAUCGAGGCCAUGCUCAAGAUCAUCGCUUACGGGUUUCUGUUCCAUACGGAUGCCUAUCUCCGAAAUGGCUGGAAUGUGCUCGACUUCUCCAUCGUGUCCCUGGGUCUUGUCACCAUGACUCUGGAGCAGAUCAAUGCAAAGGAGGGAGGGAAAGGUGGCUUUGAUGUCAAGGCCCUGCGAGCGUUUCGUGUGCUGAGACCUCUGCGCCUGGUGUCCGGAGUGCCAAGUCUGCAGGUUGUCCUGAACUCCAUUAUCAAGGCCAUGGUGCCUCUGCUCCACAUCGCGCUGCUCGUCCUCUUCAUGAUCAUCAUCUAUGCCAUCGUGGGGCAAGAGCUCUUCAAGGGCAAGAUGCACAAGACCUGCUACUACCUUGGGACAGAUGUGAUCGCCACAGUGGGGUCAGAGAAGCCAGCACCCUGCACAACCUCUGGCCAUGGGCGUCACUGCUCCAUCAAUGGCACUGAGUGCCGAAGUGGCUGGCCAGGACCCAACAAUGGCAUCACUCACUUUGAUAACUUUGGCUUUGCCAUGCUGACUGUCUAUCAGUGCAUCACCAUGGAGGGCUGGACCGAAGUACUCUACUGGGUUAACGAUGCCAUUGGGAAUGAAUGGCCCUGGAUCUACUUUGUCAGCCUUAUUUUGCUUGGUUCCUUCUUUGUUCUCAAUCUGGUGCUGGGGGUGCUCAGUGGGGAAUUCACCAAAGAGCGUGAGAAGGCCAAGUCACGAGGCACGUUUCAGAAGCUGCGGGAGAAGCAGCAGCUGGAGGAGGAUCUGAAGGGCUACAUGGACUGGAUCACCCAUGCUGAGGUGAUGGACAGUGACCGGACCAGAGGAGAAGGUAUGAUGCCGUUGGAUGAAGGAGGGUCGGAGACAGAGAGCUUGUAUGAAAUUGAGGGCAUGAACAAAUGGAUUCUCUACUUCCGGCAGUGGAGGCGCUGGAACCGAAUGUUUCGUAGAAAGUGCAGGGAUGUGGUGAAGUCCAAGUUCUUCUACUGGCUGGUCAUCCUGCUGGUGGCACUGAACACCCUCUCCAUCGCCUCUGAGCACCAUUUCCAGCCUGAAUGGCUGACAAUUGUACAAGACAAUGCCAACCGGGUGCUGCUUGCGCUCUUUGUGGCCGAAAUGCUGCUGAAGAUGUAUGCACUGGGCCUGCGCCAGUACUUCAUGUCCCUCUUCAACCGCUUUGACUGCUUUGUCGUGUGUGCGGGGAUCCUGGAGACCAUCCUGGUGGAGCUCAGCACCUUGUCACCCCUGGGCAUCUCUGUGCUGCGUUGCAUCCGGCUGCUCCGCAUCUUCAAGAUCACCAGGUACUGGACAUCACUGAGUAACCUGGUGGCCUCCCUGCUCAAUUCGGUGCGCUCCAUCGCCUCUCUGCUCCUCCUCCUCUUCCUCUUCAUCAUUGUCUUUGCCCUACUGGGCAUGCAGCUCUUUGGAGGCAUGUAUGACUUCGAGGACAUGGAGGUGCGACGCAGCACAUUCGACAACUUCCCCCAGGCCCUCAUCAGCGUCUUCCAGAUCCUGACUGGAGAGGACUGGAAUUCAAUAAUGUACAAUGGGAUAAUGGCUUAUGGGGGCCCAUCCUUCCCUGGCAUGCUGGUCUGCAUCUACUUCAUCAUCCUCUUUGUCUGCGGGAACUAUAUCCUCCUCAAUGUCUUCCUGGCCAUUGCGGUUGAUAAUCUGGCUGAGGCUGAGAGCCUGACCUCAGCCCAGAAGGCCAAAGCUGAGGAACGCAAGCGGCGGAAGAUGUCCAGGGGUUACCCAGAGAAGUCUGAAGAUGAAAAGCAAAUGUUGGCAAAGAAGCUUGAGCAGAAAGCAAAGGGAGAAGGGAUUCCCACAACGGCUAAGUUAAAAGUGGAUGAAUUUGAAUCCAAUGUCAAUGAGAUCAAAGAUCCCUACCCGUCUGCAGACUUCCCAGGUGACGAUGAGGAGGAUGAGCCUGAAAUCCCCCUGAGUCCUCGGCCACGUCCUCUGGCAGAGCUACAGCUGAAAGAGAAGGCUGUGCCUAUGCCUGAAGCCAGCUCCUUCUUCAUCUUCAGCCCAACCAAUAAGUUUCGGAUGCUGUGCCACAGAAUUGUCAACGCCACUUGGUUCACCAACUUCAUCCUGCUCUUCAUCUUGCUCAGCAGCAUCUCCCUGGCGGCUGAGGAUCCCAUCCGAGCCGAGUCGUUCCGCAACCAGAUUCUUGGAUACUUUGACAUUGGUUUCACUUCUGUCUUCACUGUUGAAAUUGUCUUGAAGAUGACAGCAUACGGUGCUUUCCUGCACAAAGGCUCCUUCUGCAGGAACUCAUUCAACAUCCUCGACUUGCUGGUGGUUGCUGUGUCCCUCAUCUCCAUGGGAUUCGAGUCCAGCACCAUCUCAGUGGUGAAGAUCCUUAGGGUGCUGAGGGUGCUGAGGCCUCUGCGAGCCAUUAACAGGGCGAAGGGGCUGAAGCACGUGGUCCAGUGUGUGUUUGUGGCCAUCAAGACCAUUGGUAACAUUGUGGUCGUCACGACAUUGCUGCAGUUCAUGUUUGCCUGCAUUGGGGUGCAGCUCUUCAAGGGCAAGUUUUACAGCUGCACAGACCCCUCCAAGCUAACGGAGAAGGAGUGCAGGGGAUAUUUCAUCAACUACGUGGAUGGGGACCCAACGCAGAUUGAGCUGAAGGAGCGGGUCUGGUUCCACAACGCCUUUCACUUCAACAAUGUCUUCUCAGCCAUGAUGUCGCUUUUCACUGUCUCCACCUUCGAGGGCUGGCCAGAGCUGCUGUACAGGGCCAUUGACACUAAUGAUGAGAAUAAAGGCCCUAUCUACAACUACCGGGUGGAGAUUGCAAUGUUCUUCAUCAUCUACAUCAUCCUCAUUGCCUUCUUCAUGAUGAACAUCUUUGUGGGCUUUGUCAUCGUCACCUUCCAGGAACAGGGGGAGAGCGAGUACAAGAACUGCGAGCUGGACAAGAACCAGCGCCAGUGUGUGCAGUACGCACUGAAGGCUCGCCCGCUGCGGCGUUACAUCCCCAAGAAUCCCUACCAAUACCAGAUCUGGUACGUGGUCACCUCCUCCUACUUCGAGUACCUCAUGUUCUUCCUGAUCAUGCUGAACACCAUCUGCCUGGGCAUGCAGCAUUACAACCAGUCUGCAGAAAUGAACCACAUCUCAGACAUCCUCAAUGUGGCCUUCACUGUCCUCUUCACCCUGGAGAUGAUCCUCAAGCUCAUGGCCUUUAAAGCCAAGGGCUACUUUGGGGACCCCUGGAAUGUCUUCGACUUCCUUAUAGUGAUUGGCAGCAUCAUUGACGUCAUCCUCAGUGAGAUUGAUGACUCGGAUGACAACUCCCGUGUCUCCAUCACUUUCUUCCGGCUGUUCCGGGUGAUGCGGCUGGUGAAGCUGCUGAGCCGAGGAGAAGGUGUCAGGACCCUCCUGUGGACCUUCAUCAAAUCCUUCCAGGCUCUGCCCUAUGUUGCCCUGCUGAUUGUGAUGCUGUUCUUCAUCUAUGCUGUGAUCGGGAUGCAGAUGUUUGGGAAGAUUGCCACAGUGGAUGGAACCCAGAUCAACCGAAACAACAACUUCCAAACCUUCCCACAAGCCGUGCUGCUGCUCUUCAGGUGUGCCACGGGGGAGGCCUGGCAGGAGAUCCUGCUGGACUGCAGCUACGGGAAGCGGUGCGACCCUGAGUCCGACUACGCUGAGGGCGAGGAGUAUACCUGCGGCACGGGCUUUGCCUACUUCUAUUUCAUCAGCUUCUACAUGCUCUGUGCCUUCCUGAUCAUUAACCUCUUUGUGGCUGUCAUCAUGGACAACUUUGACUACCUCACACGUGACUGGUCCAUCCUGGGACCCCACCACCUGGACGAGUUCAAACGGAUCUGGGCUGAGUACGACCCUGAAGCCAAGGGCAGGAUCAAACACUUGGAUGUGGUGACCCUGCUGAGACGUAUCCAACCUCCCCUGGGCUUUGGGAAGUUCUGCCCUCACCGUGUAGCUUGUAAGCGCCUGGUGUGCAUGAACAUGCCCCUGAACAGCGACGGCACCGUCACCUUCAAUGCAACCCUCUUUGCGCUGGUGAGAACAGCCCUCAAGAUCAAGACUGAAGGUAACUUUGAACAGGCCAAUGAGGAGCUCAGAACCAUUAUAAAAAAAAUCUGGAAGCGAACCAGUAUGAAGCUUUUGGACCAGGUCAUCCCACCUAUUGGAGAUGAUGAGGUGACAGUGGGCAAAUUCUAUGCCACUUUCCUCAUCCAAGAGCAUUUCAGGAAGUUCAUGAAGCGCCAGGAGGAGUACUAUGGGUACCGUCCCAAGAAGAACCCUGUAGAGAUCCAGGCUGGGCUGAGGAGCAUUGAAGAAGAAGCCGCUCCUGAAAUUCAUCGAGCCAUCUCUGGGGACCUGACUGCUGAGGAGGAGCUGGAGAGGGCGAUGGUGGAGGCUGCCAUGGAGGAGGGGAUAUACAGGAGGACUGGCGGUUUGUUUGGCCAGGUGGACAGCUUCCUGGAGCCAAGCAGCCCCCUGCAGCCCCACGUGGCCAGCCAGAGGCCCCUGCAGUUCACAGAGGUGGGCAGUGAAGACCUUGAUUCCCCUGUCUUCCUUGAUGACUUCCCCCAGGAAGGCAACACCAAUGUCAACAACGCCAACUGGCUGCAGGGGUUGGAGUAUGAGGACGAGGUGCUGAGGAGAGCAGUGCCAGCAGCACCCAGGCCUCCAGUGCGGGAGCCUGACCUCCCCAUCCCUUUGGAGAGGCUGCGGCGGAGGCGAGGAGCUGCCCCUGAACAUCACCCAGCAUUGGGGCAGUGCCUCCAUCCCCAGCAGGACAGCAUGGUGACAGCAGCAGUAUCCAGCUCAGAACACCGGUGGCAUGAAAGCAUCAACACAAACACAUCUUCCACCCCUGCCAUCACCUUCCUCAUUCAAGAGGCUCUGAUCUCCGGGGGCCUUGGGGCUCUGGCCCGUGACCCAUCCUUCGUUUCAGUGACCAGGGACGAGAUGGCAGCCAGCAGCCAGCUGGAGGUGGAUGAAGUGGAGAAAGCAGCUGUGGAGCUGCUAAAGGGAAGAGAAGCACCGUGGGACACAGAAACCAGCUCUGCCCCCCAGGACACCUUGGCUGCAUCAGCAGUCAGCACCCCAGGGCUCAGUGUGGCCACAUCCCAUCAGACCAGCGAUACCACUCAUCCCUGAGCCACCUGCCAUGCAGCCCCACGGGUACGACCCCGUUAUGGGGGAUAACAGAGCAGUGCUGCACUUCUCCCCCUCUUUGCCUGUGGGGCUGGUGGGCUGUCUGGCCACAGGAGUCUUUUUGCACUGGGUCUGCGGGAUGCUGGUGACAGGACAGGGUGAUGCUGUGCCAGAAGGGUCUUGCAGGAGCUGGACGGAUCAUUAAAGUGUCCCUGCUGUGUGACUCCA